AUAGCCGGUGGCAGCAGACUGCAGCUCCAGCUGCGGUUUGGUGUUUUGGUGUGCUUCGUGUUUUGGUGGAGCAGAGACGACGCCCGACUUCUAGCUUUAGCGGUGGUUAGCUUAGCCAGCAACCGCCGCCAUUAGCUAGCUAUUGACGCUACUGCGGGCCUGACGGGUUGGCCGAUUUCAGAUCAGGGGGAUUGACAGUUUCUGUGUAAGAACUUGUAGACCCCUGGUGUGAUGCAUUCACUGGCCCAGGAGAUCCAGGGCUUCUCCAAAAACCGUCUGAAGAAACAGUGCACACAUGUCACCACCGUGACAGGCAGGAAGCUGCUGGAGAGGAGGAGUGAUGGAGGAGAGGGAGAGGAGCAGGUUGAAGAGCUGGAGGAGGGAAGUGGAUGUGGAUUUGUAGAAGAUACAAGUCUGGACCUUCAAGUUGGUGCCGUUAGACCCUUCCUACUGCUGGGUUCUCAGGAUGCAGCCCACGACAUUGACACCCUGCAGAGGUAUAAGGUGUCUCAUGUCCUAAAUGUGGCCUAUGGAGUCACUAACCUGUUCCCAGAUCGGUUUCUUUAUAAGACGCUCCAGAUCCUGGACCUCCCAGACACUGACAUCACUUCAUAUAUUGGGGAGUGCAGUUCCUUCAUAGAUCAAGCACGAGAACAGGACGGUGUGGUUCUGGUCCACUGUAACGCUGGCGUAUCGCGUUCGUCCUCCAUCGUGAUUGGCUACCUAAUGUUGAGGGAGGGGCUGUCGUUUGACGACGCGUACAGCCAGGUGAAGCUGGCGAGGCCCUCAGUUCGCCCCAACCCCGGCUUCUACCAGCAACUACGGAGCUACAAACCUUAAAGCUGUAUCCAUUUAUAAUUUCAUCAUUUUCUUGUCCACUUGGGAGCAGCGGAAACAAGCUGUAAAUACAACGCUGACAUCUCGUCACCUCGGAAGUUAGUGUGGGUUAGAGGUCAAAUUCUAUAGAAGGGUUCAGUCCCUACAUAACCACCAAUCACUGUUCUCCCCUUAGGAGGUCACUGACCCUCUGUCCUGCUGCUACAGUGCUGUUUUAAACUGUUAUGAGUCAAAUACACAUAUAUCGUACACUACAUUAGUAUGGUGAACUUGUUAGAAAACAGUAUUUACACUAGUGUUGUAGUCAAGACCGCUCAAACUGAGACCAAGUCAAGACCAAGAAAAGAGUUUAUAGAGACCGAGACAAGACCGAGACUUUUAGGGGCUGAGACCAAGUCAAGACCAAGACCAGU